AGUAAAGGACUGAUUUAAAAAAGUAAACAACUCAAAACAAACUAAGGAAAUUCCAAGCGUUUAAACCCACUCAGAUGAGAGGACAUUGAACGGAAGCAAAUAAGAGGACAAUUUAUUGCGCCUGCGUUCAUUGUAGGCACACCUCCAUCUUAAGAAACCUUAUAGUGUCUUCAAGCGAAUUCACUGAAAGCAGACGACUUUGUUUAUUCCAUCAAAGUUUUGUAAAAAACGCAAGCAUCAUGUAUCGUUCGACCCAAAACAACCACAGGACAAACAUGACACCGUUUGAAGUAAAUUUCCCAGGAAUACCAUUCAUGAUGUCUUUCCCAGAGAGAGAUGGUACUUCAAAUCCUACCGGUCAAAAACAAUCCAUUGUUACCAAAACAUAUUCCACUUCCUCUCGAACUGUGCAGACAUUUUCCGAUGGGAAACUCGUCCAGAAGCAAACUUUUCAAGAAGACAGUGCCGAUACCGUACUGGGCUCCCACUUCAAAGACAAUGACCAAGCCAUGUCGUACAACACAGGGUCUCGGUCCACAAAUCAGUACAGAACACUGACACAGGGCGGCGCGAAAGGAUUGGUGACUACUGGAAGUCGGGUAGAGUUCAAAUCUGGGAACGAGUCUUACAAUACCCAAGUUGGCAAAGACGUGAAGACAUCGUCCAACCAAUUCGAAACCAAAACCGAAGACGAUUUCCGGUAUUUCAAUGAGAUUCCAACGGCGUUCUCUCAGAUCAAAUUAAACGACCAGGACCGCAAGUUUUGCAUCCCAAGUGGAAAUCAAGUUGUAUCAAUCAAGAAAGUUCCCAAUUCGGAAUCGAAAUCCCUUUUUGAACGUAGGACCCCUACUUACGAUAUGGGUUGUAUUCACUCACGCACAGAAACCAUCUCCGCGGUGCCUUCCAAGGACAAGACGAAAAAAGAUACCAAAGUUUCACCUGCAAAACAAAAGAAGGAACUCGAAGACUCAGCUUUGAAAGCCCAUAACCGUUACCGUGCCAAACACGGUGUGCCAACCUUGAAGAUGUCUAAAGAUCUGUGUGAGAUGGCCCAGAAGUGGGCCGAUCAUCUGGCUUCCAUUAAGACCUUAAAACACAGUCCUUGCAAGCUGAACGGAGAAAGUGUUGGUGAGAAUGUCGCUUACAAAUGGACAUCCGAUGGGGAAGUUCUGACAGGUCAAAAUGCUACAGACAAUUGGUACGAUGAAAUAAAAUCCUAUAAUUUUGAUCAAGGUGGAAUGUCUUCUGGCACAGGUCAUUUCACACAAGUGGUGUGGAAGGGCAGCAAGGAGUUGGGUAUUGGCAGAGGCUGUGCUGAAGACGGCAGCUACUUUGUGGUGGCCAAUUACAGACCAGCCGGAAAUGUACUUGGCAAGUUUGAGGACAAUGUCUUCAGACCAAAGAAAUGAAAAGCAUCUACAUCAUCUUCAUAUUAAAUGUUUAUGUAUUAAUCUCAUGUCUUCAUAUCAACAUUCAAUUUGAAUCUAGCAUUCCUGUAAAUUUUCCUUUUGUUUUUAAUAAUCUUAUGUAAAUAAUUAACUACUUAUCGUCAGUUUUUCUCGCUUUUUCUUCUCUCUAACAAUGACAACAUCAACACUGAAACAGUAUUACAAACACCAAGUUUU